ACGUACUGACCGUGUUUUGGCUGGGAUGUGAAUUCUGUGGGUUGACGUUUUCAUUGUGCGCCUCCUAGUGUAGUGAGGCUCCAGAGACUGGUGGAAGUGUAACACAAAAACUGGUCAUGGCUGUACUGCUGGAGACUACCCUUGGGGACAUUGUCAUAGAUCUUUACACUGAAGAGAGACCAAGAGCAUGCCUCAAUUUCCUGAAACUCUGCAAAAUCAAAUAUUACAAUUACUGCCUCAUCCACAAUGUUCAGAGAGAUUUUAUUAUACAGACAGGUGAUCCUUUGGGGACUGGUCGAGGAGGAGAAUCUGUAUUUAGUAAAGUCUAUGGGGACCAGGCUAGAUAUUUUGAGUCAGAAAAAGUGCCAAGGAUUAAACACAGGAAACUGGGAACAGUGUCAAUGGUAAACAAUGGAAGUGAUCAGCACGGGUCACAGUUUCUUAUCACCACAGCAGAAAACCUUGAUUAUCUAGAUGGGGUCCAUACAGUGUUUGGUGAAGUUACUGAAGGAAUGGAUGUGGUGAAGAAAAUUAAUGAGACAUUUGUCGACAAGGAUUUUGUUCCUUACCAAGAUAUUAGGAUAAACCAUUCUGUUAUCUUAGAUGAUCCUUUUGAUGACCCCCCAGGACUACCCAUUCCAGAUCGUUCCCCAGAGCCCACCAAAGAGCAGCUUGAUAGUGGUAGAAUUGGUGCGGAUGAAGAGAUUGUUGAAGCUAAAGGGAAAACUGCUGAAGAAGUUGAGGAAAUGCUUGCUGACAAAGAAGCCAAGACUCAAGCUGUUCUUUUGGAAAUGGUUGGAGAUAUCCCUGAUGCCGAGGUAAAGCCUCCUGAAAAUGUUCUCUUUGUCUGUAAGCUGAAUCCUGUUACAACAGAUGAGGACCUUGAGAUUAUCUUUUCACGAUUUGGCACAAUUAAAAGCUGUGAAAUCAUUCGUGACUGGAAGACCGGAGAGUCUCUUUGUUAUGCCUUUAUAGAAUUUGAAAAGGAAGAAGACUGUGAGAAAGCUUACUUUAAGAUGGACAAUGUAUUGAUUGAUGAUCGGCGAAUACAUGUGGAUUUCAGUCAGUCUGUUUCCAAAAUUAAAUGGAAAGGAAAAGGUGGUAAAUACACAAAAGAUGAUUUCAAAGAAUAUGAAAAGGAUGCGGAUAAGCAGUCCAAGCUUGCCCUGAAAGACAAAGCAAAACCUAAACAAGAUAGCAAGUAUGAACUGGUUCUAGAUGAAGACCUGGAAGAAUCAAGAAGUAGCCAGCAGCAUCAUGUUAAAAAGCACAAAAAAGAAAAAAAGCACCACUCCCACUAUUCUGAUGAUGAGGAUGAGCGGAGAAUGAAAAAGUCCAAGGAUCCUGAAAAGAAUUCCCGACACCGAAGGCAUGAGGAAGACUACUGUCGAGAAAAAAGGCGCAGUGAGAAAAAGGAAUCUCGACAAAGCCGGAGCCGCUCACGUGAGCGCAAUAACUACUACAGCACAAAAGAGAAGUACAGAGAAGAACCAAAGGAGAGGGACCGAGACCGGAGAAGAGACAGAAGCCCAAAGCCUUAUAAAGAGAGGACUAAAUACAGAGAGAGAGACUGACAGACCAAAUGCUUAGAAAAGUCCAUGUGAUAAUGAUGAUAACUGCAAUAAAAUUUGAGCAGUUUACUCCCAUACCCACAAAACCAAAUGUAAGAAUUGGUAAUCAAAUCAGACUAUUACCAUGUGUAUAAUAUUAAAAGAAUGUCUUGUACAAUCUCGUUGGAACAGAAAUGUGACACUUUUGGCUCUUUAAAAAAAGAUGGGUGUAGAUUUUCAUACAUAUUAUUACAGUAUUGGUUUUUUUUUUAUUCAUGGACAAAACAACAUUUUGCAACACAGUACAAAUACAUGUUUAUUUUGUAAAGAAAUGGGUUUUCUGUAGUAUUAUCGUUUCUUAAUAAAAAUGAAUGAAUGCUGAAUUUUUCAUUGUUUCAUUACAAUAAAGUGGACACACCAAUA